UUCAGUUCCAUCAGCAAUGCUUUGAUUGUCAGGUGUAUUUUUGAGUGUUGUGUAGAAAAUAAAUAGGUUUCUUUCAUAUAUAUCACAAUGUUAAGUACAUUUUCGGUGCUGUCUCCUCAUUUAAAGUUUAAAAAUAAAUUUGUAUCCAUCGACAACGUAGCAUUCAAAUUUCACUACAGAGCAACGUUUACAUUACUUCUUGUUUGUACACUGCUUGUAACAUCAAGACAAUACAUCGGUGAACAUAUUCGAUGCAUUACUGGCGGAUCAAUUCCUGAACAUGUCAUCAAUACCUUCUGUUUUUUCACAACUACCUUUACGGUUGUGCGACAUUUUAAUGAAUCGAUGCUGCAGGACGGAACAAUCCCACAUCCAGGUGUGGGACAUAUGUAUGCUGACGAUCCUGUGAAAUACCAUGCAUACUACCAAUGGGUUCCGUUUGUAUUAUUUCUGCAGGCAAUUAUGUUUUACGGACCACAUUACAUAUGGCGCACCAUAGAAGGAGGAAAAAUCAAACGACUGGUAGAAGGAUUACGAAUGGUCGAAGUUUCAAAAUACUACACACAGAGUAAUGCGAUAACAUUUGAUAGCAAAUAUACACUGUACCCAAAAGCUGAGUUGGAUAAGAAAAUCGAAGUCGUUUGUGAGGCUUUCCACAAGCAUAUAAUUUUAAAUCAUCUUUGGGCCCCUAAAUUUGUACUCUGUGAAAUAUUGAAUUUGGUAAAUGUAUUAACUCAAGUUUGGUUCACAAACAAGUUCCUUGGAGGACGUUUCUACCGACUAGGGUUGGAUUUCAUUGAUGAAGAUUUUUCUGGAACAAUGGAUGUUCUGGAUACCAUAUUUCCCAAGGUGACAAAGUGCCAUUUUCAUAAGUAUGGACCUUCCGGAUCAAUUCAGAAACAUGAUGCUCUAUGUGUUAUGGCUCUAAACGUAAUUAAUGAGAAAAUUUUUACAUUUCUUUGGUUCUGGUAUGCAAUCCUCAUCGUUGUUUCAGUAAUCGCACUGAUUUGGAGGUUAAUAACGUUUAUUUUUCAUGCUAGAUCGGAAAAAUUCAACAGCUUCGUUUUUUCAGCUGUGUGCCCUGGUAUGUUAAACUCUCAUGACCUGAGUUUCAUAACAAAUAGUUUAUCGAUAUCAGAUUGGAUUUUCUUGUACUAUUUAGCAAGAAAUAUGGAUCGACAUCUAUUUCGGGCACUUUUUAGAGGAAUUGUACAGAAGUUCUAUGGCAAUAAAACAGAUUUAGAAGCUCAAAGUGCAAAAUUCUUAGACACAGCAAAUGAGGAAAAUGAACUCAUAAGCGAAAAACAUUAAUAACUACAAAGACUUGUGUACAUCCCAUGUAAAUUCGAGAAAGAAUUCACUCUGUGAUAUGCAAUAAAGAAUAGUAACCAUCAAGCAUACAAUUGACGUCAAAUAAAACAACGGUGAAUAUUGAAGUGACUAUCAAACCAUA